AUGUUAUUGUUUGCUUCAAUAGUAAACUCGAAUAGGAUUCAAGAAGAAGUAGACUCUCUCAAAGAAACAAUUCAGGAAGUUCUUAGCAAUGAAUUUCCGGUAAAAGCAUUAUAUGAUACUGUAUCGGUUUGUAGCCAACCAGAAGAUAUCUUGGCGAUUCAUUACAUAAAAUUAACUCCUGACCCACCACAAAAAGGCCAAGAAUUACGUGUUCAAGGCUCUGGCUAUUUCAAAGAAACCGUUGGUGAAGGUGGUUAUGUUGAUGUGGUAGUUAAAUAUGGAAUAGUGACGAUUUAUUCAAAACGUCUUGAUUUAUGCGAACAAGCUCCCGAGGUUGAUGAAAGUUGUCCUGUUAUGAAGGGAAAUCAUACAAUUGACAAAGUGGCACAAUUACCUGGAAAUAUUUUUCCCGGAAGUUAUAACAUUUACGUGAAUGCUUACAAUGCCGAUAACAAACAAAUCGCUUGUUUGAGUGGCCAUGCUUCAUUUGGACUUUAA